AUGGUGGUGAUGACAGUCGUGGUAGUGAUGGAGUUGCGUAUCAAGGAAAGCCUCCAGGAAGAGGCGCCCACCUACCUCUGCCUAGAAGCCCAAGGGAUUGGCACCUCCACCGGGAAGCCCUCGGGAGGAAGAGCGCGCCCUCUGCCGGUGCCAGGGCGCCAGUGGACAGACAUGUCUCAGGAGGGGUCCCCUGAGGACCCUGCCCUCAGCCCCCGCUGCACUGCUGCACUUUUCCAGGACGAUGUGGAAGAAGCCAGCUCUGGGUCAGGCUUGACACCACACCAGCCAGGGACAAGCUCUGGGGCCCGAGUUUGGGCUGGCAGCAGGAAGAGGGUCCUGAGGGAAGAGACCCGUCGAGGUACCCGCUCCCAGGCUAGAGGUGCUCCUGGGGCGGGCCUGGAGGCUGAGGCCCACUUGAUGGCUCUGGAGUUACAAGGCAAGGGACAGAGCCAGGAGUUGGUGCCUGGCCCCCAGCUCCUCUCCCAGCCACCCAGAGUGUCUGCUCAGGGGAAGUCUCCGGCCUUCAGGAGGCUCCAGGUUUCUCUGCAUGACAUUUUCGCCGAAAGUUGGCCCAGGAACCCUUGUCCCGUGUGUUUGGGUUUUCCAGAGAGAGCAUUGGUUGGCAGGGAGAGGCUGAGAGGGGUGGGGAGGAGGAGCUGCCCCGGGCCAGGAGAGGCAGGGGGAGGUUGGAGUGAUGAAAGGGACCCUACCCUCAGUAAAGAGGGGCCUUCCAAAAGGAGGCUACCAUCCUCCCCAGGCCCAGCCCCUAUGGGGGCAAGAAAGAACAGCAGGAAGUAUGAGGCCUGCUCAGAGAGUGGGGAGGGGGCAGGAAGCUUCUUGUGGUCUGGUCAGAGCCCUGGUGGGGACAGCCCCCCAUGUGAGGGAGACCCCCCACCAGGGACUGAUGUGGGGCCCUUGGGAGACCUUUGUGGACCCCUCUCUCCCAACGACACUGGGCCUGGGUCAGGAGAUCCAGGUGGAACUUGUGUGGGAUGUGUCUCAGGGACUUCGAAGUUUGAAUAUUUGCCUGCUUCAGAGAAUGGGGCCCGGCCAGGCAGCCCCUCUGACCCUGUAGGGGUCCUACCACCUGAUGGAGGGGAAUCCCUCAGGCCGGCUGUCUGGGAUCCCAGCUCUGCACUAGGCCUUGGAACAUCUGGAAAGGCUGCCGAAGUGUGGCAGGAAGCUGAGCACCUAGUCGGGGCUGGCUGUGAAGAUGGCCCUGCUGUCUCACACAGUCAGGAGGAGCUAGAGGUCAAGCCUCAACCAGAGUCCAGGGGGAGUCUGGGAGAAGGACCCCCUGCUCCCACCGAUAGCCCCUCCAGCUCCUUGGAGCCUACAACCAGCAGGGCUCACUCGGGCCCAUCCAUGGGACAGAGAAGAUCCAAGUAUGCUAAGAAGUCCAGGAGAGGCCCAGUGCCCCACGCCCAGCACCAGGGCACAGACAGGAGUGCGGAUGACUUCAGCAAGGACCAGCAGGACAAAUCCCACCCAGGAAGCUUCCCCAAACCGGUAAGUGGAGUCUGAGAAGUUGGGCUAGGGAGGACUUGGCCAGUCU